UAUACUUUAAUAAUCCCUUCCUUUUUGUACAUGCUCUGUAUGUAGCAUAUUUACUGUCCAUUAAUAAUGACUUUGUUCUGCACAUGGACUGUGUAUUUGCAUAUGUGCUGAGUCAGUUGUGGGUAUGCUGAAAAUUGCUGAAAUUGCUGCCAUCACACAGCCACUAGAUGGAGACAGAUGUCUUUGCUUGUGCAUGUCACUUGAGACAUUAAGAGCAGCAAUCACACAAACCAUAUCGUUCAUUUACAACUGCACAUAAUCAUUGGGUAAUGCAGACGUGCUUCUCUGACACGGACCUGUAAACCUUUCUUAUUCAACCCAAAGUAACGUUAGCUGGCUAAAGUACACGGAGCAGCCUAUCUGUCCUCAGUUAGGUCUAUCUUUUCCUUGUGUUUGCUUUGAAAGGGGAACUAACUGAUUGAGAAUGACAUUCAUGGGACUCGCUCUGCUCCUCCUCUUUUAAAUAUUUACCCACUCCAGUAAAUCACUUCAAACUGGAUAUUGAGAGGGUCAGACCACAAGAGAAGGGGCACAAUGGAGAAAUCAACCGACAGAUCCACCAAGAAAAAAGUUGUAGCAGUUGUUGGCGGUGGUUUGGUUGGAUCUCUGAAUGCCUGCUUCUUUGCCAAACGAGGCUUUAAUGUGGAAGUCUUUGAAACUCGGGAAGAUAUCCGGAAGUCCAAAAUUGUGAAGGGGAGAAGCAUCAACCUGGCUUUAUCUCACAGGGGCCGGCAAGCAUUGAAGCAUGUUGGAAUGGAGGAGAAGAUUGUCUCCAAGGGAAUCCCCAUGCAUGCAAGAAUGAUCCAUUCUCUGAGUGGGAAACAGUCCCCGAUCCCUUAUGGCAAGAAAGGCCAGUUCAUCUUGUCAGUAGACCGAGCCAAUCUGAACAAAGAACUGCUAACAGCGGCAGAGACAUAUCCAAACACAAAGCUGAACUUUGACCACAAACUGCAGGACUGGAGUGCUGAAACAGGGCUAAUGACCUUUCUCAGGUCAGACGGGUCCAAGGAGCAGAUCAAGGCAGACCUGAUUGUAGGCUGUGAUGGAGCUUUUUCUGCCAUCCGUAAGCAAUUCCUCCGCCGCAGCCGCUUCAACUACAGCCAGACCUACAUCCCCCACGGCUACAUGGAGCUCACCAUGCCACCCAAAAAUGGAGAGUUUGCCAUGAAGCCUAAUUAUCUGCACAUCUGGCCGCGAAACACAUUCAUGAUGAUCGCCCUGCCCAACCUGGACAAGACAUUUACCUGUACCCUCUUCAUGCCCUUUGAGGAGUUUGAGAAGAUCACCACAGGAGAUGAAGUCAUUGAGUUUUUCCAGAAAUACUUCCCUGACGCCAUACCACUAAUAGGAGUUGAUACUCUCAAAAGGGAUUAUUUCCGAUUGCCUGGGCAGGCCAUGGUGUCUGUCAAGUGCUCCCCAUAUCACAUUGGAGACAAAUGUGUUCUUAUGGGUGAUGCAGCCCAUGCAGUGGUACCUUUCUAUGGGCAGGGGAUGAACGCUGGCUUUGAGGACUGCAUUGUCUUUGAAGAAAUAAUGGAACAGCUCAAUGAGGAUUUCAGUGCUGUGCUGCCAGAGUAUUCCAGGGUGCGAGUUCCAGACGACCACGCAAUUGCAGACCUGGCCAUGUACAACUAUGUUGAAAUGCGAGCCCAUGUCAACUCCAAAUGGUUCCUUUUCAGAAAACGUGUUGAUAACUUCCUCCACUUUCUCAUGCCGAAUACAAUAAUACCGCUUUACACAAUGGUCACUUUCACAAGUACAAGGUACCAUGAAGCCGUGGAACGCUGGCAUUGGCAAGAAAAAGUGAUAAACCGUGGCCUGCUGUUCAGUGCUGCAGGAGCUGUUUUGGGAGGCUCCUACCUGCUCAUUAAAAAUCCUCCUGAUAUCAACAAGCUCGUCCUCUCCGCUGAGAAAAUGUGGAACAGGCUUGUUGCCCUCAGGACACCGUGAGCACUGGCAGUGACAAGUGCAAAGAAUGGAGCAUCAAACGCAAGAAUGAACUGAGAGGAUCCCCAUUUUAAUUAGAGUUUGAUUGAAUCUUCUAAUGAAAUCAAUGAAGGCUCUGCCAGGCAAAUUAAUGUACUGAAAACAUGAUUGUUGUAACUUAUACAGAAUGAUGGAUAAUAAGAUUUUAUAAUAUUUCAUCAGUGUUACUACUAAUGGUGGUUUGACUAGAGGAGCCCAAUAGAUUUUUUCAGUCUUGAGAUUUUGUUAUGUUCAUAGAAAUCGCCAUCAUAAUAUGUUUUUUAUGUGAAAACAAAAAUGUAAGUGAUAAACUCACAGGCAGGGGCUAAGGUACUGUAUAUGCUGCAUGAUUUUUUUUGGUGCUUGUACAUGAAUUGCAAAUAAACGUUCCCUCAACUUA